ACUCCUCAGUUCUUAGUCAGGAAGAGGACGACGACUCCACCGGCUGACUUUUCUGAUACAGGUACAACCAUGAGACUACUAGGUUACUUUUGUCUUGUGUUGAACUUGGCAUUUUCAUCAGCACUCUCCCUCCCUUCUGCAGAGGUAGAGAUAGUUGAUGUUGGUGAAAACAACACUAUCGAAGAGGAUUUAACGCUUGAUGAUAUUCUUGAGCCUCCUAACAUUCAAAGAAGCAGCAUUCUACCUGGAAAUGAUCUCUGGACAUCGCCAAUCCCCUAUGUCUUGGAUAAAGACCUGGAGUUGAACGCCAAAGGAGUGAUCAUGAGAGCCUUUGACCAAUUCAGAUUGAAGUCAUGCAUUGAUUUCAAACCCAAGGAUUCUGAGGACUACUACAUCGAUAUCCAAAAGUUAGAUGGGUGUUCCUCAUAUAUUGGUCAACAAAAAUCUCCCAAUGGACAGGUCCUCUCUAUUGGUUCACGCUGUGACUUUCUUGGCAUUGUUGAGCAUGAGAUUCUCCACGCUCUUGGAUUCUACCAUGAACAGUCAAGAUAUGACAGAGAUGAUUAUGUGCAGAUCGUAUAUGCCAAUAUUAUAAGAGGUAAAGAGCAUAAUUUCAGAAAGGUCAGCAGUGAUAAAUCCACCACCCAUGGAACCCCAUAUGACUACAUGUCCGUGAUGCACUAUGGCAAGAAUGGUUUUAGCAAUGGGAAUGGGAAAACAAUCAUCACGUUGGACCCUAGAUUCCAAGAUGUUAUUGGUCAAAGGCUUGAAAUGAGUCCUACUGAUGUAGAAGAACUGAACCUCCUCUACAACUGCAAUGCAACUAUUUCCUUUAUUUUUUACUGUGGCUUUUCCAAUGGAACUAUGUGCCAGAUGAGUCGCUGUUCACAAAAUGGAAGUAACUGGGAAGUCGUCACACAAAUCCCUGGGGGUCCAAGCUCUGACCAUACCAGUCUAUCAAGUGGAAGUGGAGAUAAUGGUACACAAACGGGAUACUUUAUACAUGGAAGCACCGCAACAGGUCAAGAGGGCGAUUCAGCACGGCUGGAAACUGAAGAAGUGAAGCCUAAAAGAGGAUGUAAUGUUCAAUGCUUGCAGUUCUACUAUUUCCACAGUGGAAAUGAAUCAGAUGAACUUAAUAUCUGGAUCAGAGAAUUCCAAGAUGAACAGGACACCAAUGGAACUCUCCGCCUCAUGAGCCAGAUUACUGGUUCACCUACAUCUCACUGGAAGAUCCACCAUGUUUCCUUGAAUGCCACCAGGAACUUCCAGGUGGUGUUUGAGGUUCGGAAAGGAGCAGGAAACUCUACAGGAGGCUUCUCAAUUGAUGACAUUAAUCUCUCAGAGACAGAGUGUCCACAUGUUGUCCUGCAGAUUGAUGACUUAGAAAAUCUUUUAAACACAAGCGACACUGGAACCAGAAUAUUCAGUCCACGACAAUAUUCAAAAGAUGGCUAUGCAUACCGAAUAUAUGUUAGACUUGACAAAACAUCUGUUGGAAUGUUUGUGCAGCUCUUGUCUGGUGAUUUUGACAAUGAACUGCAGUGGCCUUGUCUGCAAAGACAAAUGACUUUCCAGCUGUUAGAUCAAACCCCGAACAAGAAACUGCAAAUGUCCAAGGAAAAUGCUUUUGUUUCAGUUGAAACUCAAGUGAGUAGUGGUAUACUUAUCUGGAACAAUCCCAGGGACAGUGGAACUUUGAUUCACGAUGAAUAUGAUGAGUAUUUUUAUGGUGGACCCGGCAGGGGUUACGGACCAUUUGCGACCUUGGAAGAACUGCAAUCCAGAGAGUUCCUCAAGGGGGGUAGUGCCAUUUUUAUGUUUAAUUUUGAAGAUCUCACCCCACUGAUCAAUGGAACUACUCUGCCAUGUCCUCAGUUAAGACCAAUAAACACAACAAAUCCUACCUCAAAUCUGGAAGGAGGUCCAUGCCUACAACGUAUUUCCGGAUUCUGUCCUGGUAUGGUGGCAUCUCGAUUCCUCGCAGUCUCGCUGGCACUGAUCUUACUGUUGUUCUGAAAUAUACAUCCAGAAUAAAUCCUUUUUGUCUGCAUAGUCAUACAAAUAUUUUUAGGUUCUCUCAGGUAUGCAUAAAUGACCUUAAAUUACUUUAGAGGAUGACAGUUGAUAAUUGGUUCUAAAAAGGUGAUUUGUAUAUCAAUUGUGGUGAUGGACAUGUAUUUUUUUUUUUGAGCAUGUAUCUGCAGUAUAUUGACGUGUAUGUCAAAAAUCUGUCUAAAGCUUGGUUUUUGUUUAGUCAGUUAGAUUCAUCUAUUCAUACCUGAAUUUCUGAGGCAAGCCUGUGAUAUUAAGUUUGAAGUGAAACAUAUAUUUUUGUUUCCAAAUAUAUUUUGCUAUAACGUGUAAACAUUGGUGAUACAUGGCCAAUUUAAAACACGGGCUGCCCUGUGAUACAGUGGGUAAUGCUGUUGCCCUGUAGCAAGAAGGUUCUGGCUGCAAUUCCUGGCCUGGGGUCUUUCUGCAUGGAGUUGACAUGUUCUCCCCAUGCAUGUUUGGGUUCUCUCUCUCCGGGUACUCUGGCUUCCUCCCACAGUUCAAAACAUAACUGUUAGGGUAAUUAGCUUCUCUGAAUUGUCUUUAGGUGUGAGUGUGCAUGGUUGUGUGUCUUUGUGUGUCUCUGUGUUGCCCUGCGACAGACUGGCAACCUGUCCAGGGUGUGACCCUGCCUCUCACCUGUAUACUGCCAGAGUUAGGCAAUGGGCCCACCAUGACCCUGCCAAGUACUAAGUGAGAGAAAAUGAUGGAUGGGUGAAUUUUAAAAUACUGUGUUUUUUCUUACUUUGUACAAUGUUCUAGCAAAUAAAAAAGAAUAAAA